CGGGCGUGGCGGUGCCGGGGCGGUGCCGGCCGGUCUCGCCCCACGCCCACGCCCGGCCCCGCGUGCGGAAGCUCCGCGCGGCGGCCCCGGGACCGGCCCCGAGCGCAGGCCAUGGACCCUCCCCGGCGCGUUCGCCUCAAGCCCUGGCUGGUGGCCCAGGUGAGCAGCCACCGCUUCCCGGGCCUGCGCUGGCUCGACCCCGAGCACCGGCGCUUCGUCAUCCCCUGGGGACACGCCACCAGGAACCCCCCGGGGCCGCAGGACCACGACACCAUCUUCAAGGCGUGGGCGCAGGAAACGGGCCGGUUCCGCGCCGGGGACCCCCCGGACCCCCCGCGCUGGAAGGCCACCCUGCGCUGCGCCCUCAACAAGAGCCGCGAGUUCCGCCUGCUCCUGGACGGGCCCCGCGCGUCCCCGGCCCAGCCCUUCCGCGUCUACGAGCUCUGCGAGGGCCCCCCCGGGGGCGCAGAUGGGGGGGAUGAGGACGACUAUGGCUGCAGUGGGGAGGAAGACGUCAGCCAGCUGCAGAAGAUGACAGCCCUGAGCAUCGAUGACACCCAACAUGGGGGGGACCUGCUGCCCCCCUACCCCUGGCCCAAGGAGGAGCCUCCCUGCUUCGCCAGCUGCUGUCCCUCAGGGGGGCCCUUUGUGCCACCCCCCCCGGCCCUGCUCCAGGGGGAGCUGGGGGGCACCCAGGGGGCCCCCGAGCUGCGCCCCCCUGCCCUCGGCGAGACGGGCUCCCCCCUGGGCCCCCCAUCGGCCUGCCAGGUGGCACCGACAGAGCACCUGAUGCCAGACCUGCUCGUCAGCCCCCACAUGCUGCCACUGACUGACCUGGAGCUGAAGUUCCAGUACCGGGGCCGCCAGGUCUGUGCCCUCACGGUGAGCAACCCCCACGGCUGCCGGCUGUUCCACAGCAGCCUGGAGCCCACGCGGGAGCAGGAGGAGCUCUUCGGGCCGCUGACGCUGGAGCAGGUGCCCUUCCCUGCUCCCGACGCCAUUCCCAACGAGAAGCAGCGCUUCUACACCCACCAGCUGCUGGAUGUGCUGGACCGGGGGCUCAUCCUGGAGCUCCAGGGCCAGGACCUCUUUGCCCUCCGGCUCUGCCAGUGCAAGGUCUUCUGGACGGGGCCCUGUGCCAGCCCCCAGCCCGGCCCCAACCCCAUCCAGAGGGAGACGAGGACCAAGCUCUUCAGCCUCGAGGGCUUCCUAAACGGGCUCAUCCAGUUCCAGAAAGGGCAGACCCCCACCCCGCCCCCCUUCGAGAUCUUCCUGUGCUUUGGGGAGGAGUGGCCGGACCAGAAGCCCAAAGAGAAGAAGCUGAUCACGGUGCAGGUGGUGCCGGUGGCAGCGCGGCUGCUGCUGGAGAUGUUCUCCGGGGAGCUGUCGUGGUCGGCCGACAGCAUCCCGCUGCAGAUCUCCCACCCCGACCUCAAGGACAGGAUGGUGGAGCAGUUCAAGGAGCUGCACCAGCUCUGGCAGAGCCACCAGCGGCUGCCACCGGCACAGCCCCCGCCUGGCCCCUCUGCCGCGCCUUGGGCGCUGCCACCCGGCCCCCUGCCCCACUGAGGGGACACGGGGGACACCAGGGACACCACGGCACUGCCAGCCAGGCUGACAAGUCACCCUCCCUCCCCCCUUCCAGAGUUUUGGGGAAAACAGCAAGAAAACAGGGGCAGGCUGGGGCCACGCUGGAUUGGAGCCCCCAGGGCUGGGGUCACAAAGCAGCCUCAGCCUUGAGAAAAGCAGCAGAGGGGCCUCGGGAGGGUGUAAUUUCUCUUUUCAGUUUUUUGUUGUUUUUUUAUUGUUCUCGAGAUGGCUACACACCCCCGGAGGGAACCGCAUGCGCCCGCCCGCCCUCGAGCCGCUGCCUCCAACCCCAAAAUCAAACCAAAGAAAACCCAAAAAAAGGGAAAAAAAAAAAAAAAAAAAAAAAAAAAAAAA